GAGGCUGUGUUGUGGAUCCUAAGGAAGACCAAGGCAUGCCUUUCGCCAUGGUUAUAAAUCACGAGGACUUCACUGUAAGCACUUAGUCGUACUGUUGCUUUAAUAAUAGAUACUUGAAAUCUGCAUCUCUGUAUUAUUAGGCAGUUACUGUAUAUGUCGUGAUGAUGCUGUAGUGUGAUGUAUGCUACUGUUUGUAAUAAAAAAUAAAUUACAAUUCUAGUCAUUAGCAUCAGUGCAUACAUUUUCAUACUUUUUUAUUGUUCGUACUGGUCUCCCCGUGGGAAUCGAACCCACAACCCUGGCGUUGUAAGCGCCAUGCUCUACCAACUGUGUCGCAUGGGACGUAUGCAUGAUGUGAUGAUAAUGUAUGCUACUGUAUAUUACCAUGUGAUGAUAAUGUAUGCUACUGUAUAUUACCAUGUGAUGAUAAUGUAUGCUACUGUAUAUUACCAUGUGAUGAUAAUGUAUGCUACUGUAUAUUACCAUGUGAUGAUAAUGUAUGCUACUGUAUAUUACCAUGUGAUGAUGCUCUAUUAUUCCCUCAGGGUGACAUCGUCCUGGCUGCAGAGAAUGAGGCAGAACAAAACCAGUGGCUGGAGAUGCUGCAAGAGUCUGGCAAAGUGUGAGUCACUAUUUACUACCCACUGUCUCUUUAAAUCUAGCUGUACACAAACUACACACUGCCUCUUUAACUCUAACUGUAAACAAACCAUGCACUGUCUCUUUAAAUCCAAUUGACCACACUGCUUCUUUAAAUCCAAAUCAAAUCAAAUCAAAUUUUAUUGGCCACAUGCGCCGAAUACAACAGGUGCAGACAUUACAGUGAAAUGCUUACUUACAGCCCUUAACCAACAGUGCAUUUAUUUUUUUAUAAAAAAAGUAAAAUAAAACAACAAAAAAGUGUUGAGAAAAAAAGAGCAGAAGUAAAAUAAAAUAACAGUAGGGAGGCUAUAUAUACAGAGGGGUACCGGUGCAGAGUCAAUGUGCGGGGGCACCGGCUAGUUGAGGUAGUUGAAGUAAUAUGUACAUGUGGGUAGAGUUAAGCAGCGUAAAAAGAUGGGGGGGGGGGGGGGCAGUGCAAACAGUCUGGGUAGCCAUGAUUAGCUGUUUAAAUCCAACUGACCACACUGCUUCUUUAAAUCCAACUGACCACACUGCCUCUUUAAAUCCAACUGACCACACUGCCUCUUUAAAUCCAACUGACCACACUGCCUCUUUAAAUCCAACUGACCACACCGCCUCUUUAAAUCCAACUGACCACACUGCCUCUUUAAAUUCAACUGACCACACCGCCUCUUUAAAUCCAACUGACCACACUGCCUCUUUAAAUCCAACUGACCACACCGCCUCUUUAAAUCCAACUGACCACACUGCCUCUUUAAAUCCAACUGACCACACUGCCUCUUUAAAUCCAACUGACCACACUGCCUCUUUAAAUCCAACUGACCACACUGCCUCUUUAAAUCCAACUGACCACACUGCCUCUUUAAAUCCAACUGACCACACUGCCUCUUUAAAUCCAACUGACCACACUGCCUCUUUAAAUCCAACUGACCACACUGCCUCUUUAAAUCCAACUGACCACACUGCCUCUUUAAAUCCAACUGACCACACCGCCUCUUUUAAAUCCAACUGACCACACUGCCUCUUUAAAUCCAACUGACCACACUGCCUCUUUAAAUCCAACUGACCACACUGCCUCUUUAAAUCCAACUGACCACACUGCCUCUUUAAAUCCAACUGACCACACUGCCUCUUUAAAUCCAACUGACCACACUGCCUCUUUAAAAUCCAACUGACCACACUGCCUCUUUAAAUCCAACUGACACACUGCCUCUUUAAAUCCAACUGACCACACUGCCUCUUUAAAUCCAACUGACCACACUGCCUCUUUUAAAUCCAACUGACCACACUGCCUCUUUAAAUCCAACUGACCACACUGCCUUCUUUAAAUCCAACUGACCCACACUGCCUCUUUAAAUCCAACUGACCACACUGCCUCUUUAAAUCCAACUGACCACAUCUGCCUCUUUAAAUCCAACUGACCACACGGCCUCUUUAAUCCAACUGACCACACUGCCUCUUUAAAUCCAACUGACCACACCUGCCUCUUUAAAAUCCAACUGACCACACUGCCUCUUUAAAUCCAACUGACCACACCGCCUCUUUAAUCCAACUGAACACACUGCCUCUUUAAAUCCAACUGACCACACUGCCUCUUUAAAUCCCAACUGACCACACCGCCUCUUUAAAUCCAACUGACCACACCGCCUCUUUUAAAUCCAACUGACCACACUGCCUCUUUAAAUCCAACUGACCACACUGCCUCUUUAAAUCCAAGUGACCACACUAACUGUAUUAUCAGGGGUAGCUGGGGUUAAGUCUAUAAGUCUACCUCUAAGUAAAGGGUCCAUCUCAGAGUGGGGCUUUAGUCUCCUCAGACAUGUAUAGGGGAGCUGCCCAGGUCUGCAAUUGUAUAGUAGAAUAUGUGACCUACUGUUGUAUAGUGUUGGUGGUGAUCAUGCUGUAUAAAACCUAUGUGACCACGCGCUGUAUUAGACCUGUUCAACACGUAGUGUCUAAAACCUCCAGCACCUGGAAGAACGCCCAACUGGGAGAAGCCAUGAUAGAGAGCCUGGAGGCCCAGGGACUGCAGCUGGCCAAGGAGAAGCAGGAGUAUCUGGGUAAGAAGAAGGGGCUGGGGACGGGGUCAGGGCUGGGAUGGGCUGGGAGAAGCCAUGAUAGAGAGCCUGGAGGCCCAGGGACUGCAGCUGGCCAAGGAGAAGCAGGAGUAUCUGGGUAAGAAGAAGGGGCUGGGGAGGCAUGGGGAGGAAGGAGGCAUGGGGCCUGGUUCAGGGGAGAGAGGAGGCGCUGGGUGAGAGGGGACAUGGGGAGGUAUGGUUCAGGGUGGCAGUCCUGAGGGGCUGGAGUGAGAGGGGACAUGGGGAGGUAUGGUUCAGGGUGGCAGUCCUGAGGGGCUGGAGUGAGAGGGGACAUGGGGAGGUAUGGUUCAGGGUGGCAGUCCUGAGGGGCUGGAGUGAGAGGGGACAUGGGGAGGUAUGGUUCAGGGUGGCAGUCCUGAGGGGCUGGAGUGAGAGGGGACAUGGGGAGGUAUGGUUCAGGGUGGCAGUCCUGACGGGCCAUAGAAUGACAGUCCUUUGUUGUUUAGUUUUGAUGCUAACAGUCCCACAUGGAGACAAUGGCCAUAUACAACAAGGAAACAGGCUGUUUUGUCCCUUCAGAUAAGCUGAUGGAGGAGACAGAAGAACUGAGCCUGCAGAGAGAACAGAAGGAGAGGCUGGAGUGUCUGAACCUGGUUCUGGAGGAGGAGAAGCAGAAGUUUGAGGAGCUGGUGAUGGAGCUAAGAGGAGAACAGGAGCAGAUCAAACUGUAAGAGAGAACUAUGGAGAACACAAACUGUGAUCUUUAACAGGAAACAUUCAUAUUACAUUCAUAAAUAACAUACAGUAAUCCCCACACACGAGCAAGAAAGAUGCAUUUAAUACAUUUAAAGUGCAUUUAAUAUAAGACGUGUAGCUAGUAUAUCCAUCUUUAUCCACCGCGUUAACUAAAGUGCUGUGAAAACUCUUAGCCAUAAGACUCUUUGAUCCUCUGGUCCAUCUGUUGACUCCCGAGUGGCGCAGUGGUCUAAGGCUGUGCCACUAGAGAUCGCAGUGGUCUAAGGCUGUGCCACUAGAGAUCGCAGUGGUCUAAGGCUGUGCCACUAGAGAUCGCAGUGGUCUAAGGCUGUGCCACUAGAGAUCGCAGUGGUCUAAGGCUGUGCCACUAGAGAUCGCAGUGGUCUAAGGCUGUGCCACUAGAGAUCGCAGUGGUCUAAGGCUGUGCCACUAGAGAUCGCAGUGGUCUAAGGCUGUGCCACUAGAGAUCGCAGUGGUCUAAGGCUGUGCCACUAGAGAUCGCAGUGGUCUAAGGCUGUGCCACUCUAAGCUGUGCCACUAGAGAUCCUGGUUCGAAUCCAGGCUCUGUCGUAGCCGGCCGCGACCGGGAGACCCCAUGGGGCGGCGCACAAUUGGUCCAGGGUAGGGGAGGGAAUGGCCGGCAGGGAUAUAGCUCAGUUGGUAGAGCGUGGCGUUUGCAACGCCAGGGUUGUGGGUUCGAUUCCCACCAGUAUGGCCAGUAUGAAAAAAAUAAAAUAAUGUAUGCUCUGGAUAAGAGCGUCUGCUAAAUGACUAAAAUGUAAAUGUUGUGACAGUUGGGUUUGAUGCUCUCUGAACUGGUCAGUUUGGUUGCCUAUUACCCUGUGUGCCGUGUUGUUGACAGGGACUUGGACGGCACAGCACAGUCUCUGAAAGGUGUGGAGUCUGAAAAAGAGGAGCUGAACAGUUUAACAACACUUCUACAGAAAUCUAUUGAGGUAUUUAAAAUGAAUUGGAGGAGAAACACACACUCAGGUACACACACACACACACACACCAUCGUUACAUCCAUGAUCUGGUCCUCCAGGAGUUGUCCCAUGAGAAGCAGCGAACCCUGGAGUUGCUGAGGGAGAAGGAGCAUCCAGAGGAGGAGCAGGAGGUGCAGCCUGGUGACACUGGACUGCGAUCGGAGCUGAGACACAUUGAAGAGCAGAUGAGGGAACUGCAGAGAGAGAAGGAGCAGGCUAAGGAGAGGUGAGAGGACCAGCGCAAUGAGGAACAUGGAUCUUAUUUCUGUUAUUUCAGACGUGCGUAAAAACCUUCUCCUACCAUAUGAAAGACACACGAAGCAGUAAAACUGGUUAGAGAGGAUCUGUCAAACCUCAGAUCAGAUGGAGCUGCAUGUGACCGGGCCGGCUGGUCCACUUUCAUAAAUGUAGCAUGCCUGUAUCUGGUCACACCAGCUGACUGUCCUGAGGCUGCCUAAGAGUUUAAUGAGGGCGAGAAACACCAUUAAGGUGGAAAUGUGCAUUGAUUUCCCAACAGCCAAACCAAUGCAUCAACAAGCACCAGUGAGUGGGAUCAGGAUGUGAUGGGAAACUGGUGUUGACCAGAGGGCAUGAGUGUUCUAUAAAAAAAGAAUGCAGUGUAUCUGUCAAUGGAGUGCCCCACUGCAGAGCUCCACCGUGAGGCCUACUGUGGGUAUCUCUCAAGGCAGAGUCACGUUGAAGAGCCCCAUGGGGAGGCCUAUUGAGGGUUUCUAUCAAUGAAGGGCCACACUGCAGAGCUCCACCGUGAGGCCUACUGAGGGUGUCUCUCAAUGAAUGGCCUCACUGCAGAGCUCCACCGUGAAGCCUACUGAGGGUGUCUCUCAAUGAAGGGCCUCACUGCAGAGCUCCACCGUGAAGCCUACUGAGGGUGUCUCUCAAUGAAGGGCCCCACUGCAGAGCUCCACCGUGAGGCCUACUGAGGGUGUCUCUCAAUGAAGGGCCUCACUGCAGAGCUCCACCGUGAAGCCUACUGAGGGUGUCUCUCAAUGAAGUGUCCCACUGCAGAGCUCCACCGUUAGGCCUACUGAGGGUGUCUCUCAAUGAAGUGUCCCACUGCAGAGCUCCACCGUGAAGCCUACUGAGGGUGUCUCUCAAUGAAGGGCCCCACUGCAGAGCUCCACCGUGAGGCCUACUGAGGGUGUCUCUCAAUGAAGGGCCUCACUGCAGAGCUCCACCGUGAGGCCUACUGAGGGUGUCUCUCAAUGAAGGGCCUCACUGCAGAGCUCCACCGUGAAGCCUACUGAGGGUGUCUCUCAAUGAAGGGCCUCACUGCAGAGCUCCACCGUUAGGCCUACUGAGGGUGUCUCUCAAUGAAGUGUCCCACUGCAGAGCUCCACCGUUAGGCCUACUGAGGGUGUCUCUCAAUGAAGGGCCUCACUGCAGAGCUCCACCGUGAAGCCUACUGAGGGUGUCUCUCAAUGAAGUGUCCCACUGCAGAGCUCCACCGUUAGGCCUACUGAGGGUGUCUCUCAAUGAAGUGUCCCACUGCAGAGCUCCACCGUUAGGCCUACUGAGGGUGUCUCUCAAUGAAGGGCCUCACUGCAGAGCUCCACCGUGAAGCCUACUGAGGGUGUCUCUCAAUGAAGGGCCCCACUGCAGAGCUCCACCGUGAGGCCUACUGAGGGUGUCUCUCAAUGAAGGGCCUCACUGCAGAGCUCCACCGUGAAGCCUACUGAGGGUGUCUCUCAAUGAAGGGCCUCACUGCAGAGCUCCACCGUGAAGCCUACUGAGGGUGUCUCUCAAUGAAGGGCCUCACUGCAGAGCUCCACCGUGAAGCCUACUGAGGGUGUCUCUCAAUGAAGGGCCUCACUGCAGAGCUCCACCGAGAAGCCUACUGAGGGUGUCUCUCAAUGAAGUGUCCCACUGCAGAGCUCUGCAACAAGGCCCACUGUGGUUUCACACAGGGCAUUUCCUGGACAUUAGGACCUACAGAACGACAUUCUUCUCUCCAUAACAGAUCAUUGUGAGCUUGUGUCUGAUAUUAAAAUCCCCUUGUGAUAGAUUUGCCUACCAAAUUCAUCCAUUAGGUAAGAGGUUAGGUAAGUGAUGUGAAUGCCCGGGGCGGAAGGCUUUUUAACACUCAUCCUGGUAUUGACCUGCUAUGGAUGGGGAGUGGACUGCAGGAUUGUGUGUACGUACGUGAUUGUGUUAGUGUGCACAGUACCUUUCCUCUAACUGUGUGUCUGGCAAUGCGCCCGUCACAGUGUGUGUGUGUGUGUGUGUGUGUGUGUGCAAGGCGAGCGUGCACAGGACUGUGUGUGUGUUCUCUGGCUCCCCCCGCAGGCUAACGGAGAAUGAGCAGCGUGCCACAGUUCUACGUGACUGUGUGUGUGUUCUCUGGCUCCCCCCGCAGGCUAACGGAGAAUGAGCAGCGUCCCACCGUUCUACGUGACUGUGUGUGUGUUCUCUGGCUCCCCCCGCAGGCUAACGGAGAAUGAGCAGCGUCCCACAGUUCUACGUGACUGUGUAUGUGUUCUCUGGCUCCCCCCGCAGGCUAACGGAGAAUGAGCAGCGUGCCACAAUUCUGCAACAGGAGAGAGAGUUCUACUCC